AUGAGAAAACUGAAAUAUCAUGAGCAAAAGUUACUAAAAAAGGUAAAUUUUUAUGAUUGGAAAAGAACGAAAAAUAUAAGGGAAGUAAAAGUUUUGAGAAGAUAUAUAAUUCAAGAUAGAGAAGAUUAUACAAAAUAUAAUAAAAUAUGUGGAUAUAUAACAAAAUUGGUUUCGAAAUUAAGACUAUUACCAGAAAAAGAUGAAUUCCGUAUUAAAAUGACUGAUGAAUUAUUAGAUAAAUUAUAUGAAAUGGGAAUAAUAAGUUAUAAAUCUAGUUUAGCUGAAUGCGAAAAAAUAUCUGUCUCCUCAUUUUGUAGAAGAAGACUAGCUGUAAUUUUGUUCAGGUUAAAAUUUGUUCAAAGUAUUCAACUAGCCAUAACAUAUAUUCAACAUGGAAAUAUAAGAGUAGGAAAUAAUGUAAUUAAUAAUCCAGCAUUUCAUAUAAAUAGAAAUUUAGAAGAUCAUAUAAAAUGGGCAGUUGGUUCGAAAAUAAUUAAGCAUAUACAAAAGCAUCAAGCACACAAUGACGAUUAUGAACUUUUAGGAAAUUAG